CCACUACAUAGCUCAACAGAAGACGUAUCGGCUGCAGUGGACAGCGUCGUCCGCUCUUUCUCCAGUCAAAUUUAGAAAGGAACGCCUCGCAGAAAACUAGGAACUUAAGUUUGGAUUGGAAUUUAGUCAUAAAAGUGAGGUCACUGAAGUAGUUAUGUUUGGAAAUGGAUAAAUUAUACCUGUCAGCAGAAGACAAUUGGUCACCACUCGAUCUUCGACUAGAUUUGGGUCAACUGAGUGGUCGACCCCGUCGCAACGAUUACUCUUUUCAGAUUCAGUUGAACCCAUUCGGUAACGAUAUGGUUAUACAGCAGCUAUACGAAGAGUCUCCCAUCGUCCAGGCGAUUUUCCAUGGAGACCCUGAUGAAGUCAGAGCACUGAUUUACAAGAAGGAGGACGUUAACACACAGGACAUGGAAAGACGAUCACCACUGCAUGCAGCGGCAUAUUGUGGCGAGUCAGAAAUUGUAGACGUUUUAAUUCAGAGCGGUGCCCGUGUUAACACCAAGGAUAACAGAUGGUUAACACCUCUGCAUAGAGCAUGCGCUUCCAGAAGUGAGGAUGUUGUAAAGGUAUUGAUAAAACACAACGCUGAUGUUAAUGCGAGAGACAAGAAUUGGCAGACACCGCUACAUGUUGCUGCUGCUAACAAUUCUGUGAAAUGUGCUGAAGCGAUUAUUCCACUCUUGACGAAUGUCAACGUUAGUGAUCGUCAAGGACGCACUAGUUUACAUCAUGCUGCUUUCAAUGGGCAUAUAGAUAUGGUUGAUUUACUGUUAUCCAAAGGUGCCAGUAUAAACGCAUUUGAUAAACGUGACCGUAGAGCCAUUCACUGGAGUGCAUAUAUGGGUCAUGUAGACAUUGUUAAAAGACUGAUCAGUCAUGGUGCGGAUGUCAGAUGUAAAGAUAAAAAGAUGUAUACACCAUUACAUGCUGCCUCCGCUAGUGGUCAGAUUUCUGUGGUCAAAUUAUUACUCGACAUGGGAGUAGAGAUUGACGUACCAAAUGCAUUUGGUAACACUCCUAUGCAUGUAGCAUGUCAUAAUGGACAAGACGUAGUUGUUAAUGAACUAUUAUUGUAUGGUGCAUCAGUCAACACUGUGAAUCACAAAGGACAGAGUCCCUUGCAUCUAGCUGCUGCCUCAACCCAUGGUGCCUUGUGUCUUGACCUGCUUGCCAAUGACGGUGCUAAUUGCAAUUUACAGUGUAAAGAAGGUAAAACGCCACUACAUAUGACCGCUGUGCAUGGUAGAUUCACCAGAUCUCAAACUCUCCUUCAACACGGAGCCCAUGUUGAUCUGACUGAUAAGAGUGGAAAUACACCAUUGCAUAUCGCAUCAAGACAUGGUCAUGAGUUAUUGAUUGGUACUUUGUUGAAUAGUGGAGCUGAUCAUAAACGGAGAGGUGUGAAUGGUAUGUCUCCCCUUCAUCUCGCUAGUCUCAGUGGUUAUGUAGAUUGCUGUAAGAAACUACUGGAAUGUGGUUACGAGAUUGAUUCUGCUGAUGACAGCGGUAGAACUUGUCUGCAUACAGCUGCUUGUGGAGGGAACGUUGAAUGUCUUGACUUAUUAAUGAGUCGUGGUGCUGAUUUCACAGUAAUGGAUAGCUUUGGUAGAACACCGAUACAUUAUGCGGCUGGUAACGUGCAUUAUCAGUGUGUAUUAUCGUUAGUAGCGGUAGGUGCCAAUGUUAACCAAGCUGAUAGAAGAAUGUGUACACCGUUACAUUAUGCAUCUGCGUCAGAUGCAGAUGCUAAGGUUGUAGAACAUUUGCUACGAAAUGAUGCCAACCCAUGUUUACGUGACCAUAGUGGAUUCAAUGCAGUUCACUAUGCAGCGGCUAACGGACAUAAAUUAGCAUUGGAAAUGCUAUUAGAUGUAGCAGGUACCGAUUUACUAAGUAGAAGUGGAGCAGCUCCAUUAACCACGCCUCUUCAUUUAGCUUCCUACAACGGCCAUGUGGAUGCCUUGUUGGUGUUGAUGCGUAAUAUAAUGAAUCUAGAUAUACAGGAUGGCAAUGGAAGGACACCAUUAGAUUUAGCCUCUUUCAAAGGCCAUGCGGAAUGUGUUGAAGCAUUAAUUAUGCAAGGUGCUACUAUAUUGGUACAUGAUAGAGUGUCUAAAAGAACACCAAUACAUGCUGCAGCUUACAAUGGUCAUACUGAAUGUAUGAGAAUCCUUAUACAGAACGCUGAUAGUCAAAGCAUAGUAGACUGCCUUGAUGACCAGGCUAGGACACCACUCAUGAUAGCAGUAGCAAAUGGGCAUAUAGACUGCACAUUGUUAUUAUUAGCACAGUCAGCUAAUGUGAAUAACCGUGAUAUAUAUGCAAGGACUGCUCUACAUAGGGGGGCUGCCAAUGGGCAUGAAGAAUGCGUAGAUGCACUCUUACAGAAUAAUUCAGAUCCAUCUAUUCGUGAUGUCAGAGGUCGUACACCAUCACACAUGGCUGCUGCUUGUGGUCAUGUUGGAAUGUUAGGUGCUCUUAUACAAGCCGGUUGUGAUAAUAUCGUUGAUAAUCAAAACUAUACACCUUUACAUUGGGCUUGUUAUAAUGGUCAUGAAAGUUGUGUUGAACUUCUUUUAGAACAAGACCGCGCACUGUACUUUGAUGGAAAUACAUUCUCACCACUGCACUGUGCUGUCUUAAAUGACAAUGAAAAUUGUGCUGAAUUAUUAUUAGAAGCUCUUGGUGAUAAAAUAGUAAAUGGUCAGGACGAAAAGGGAAGAACACCUUUACAUGCUGUCUCAUUCAAUGACCAAGUGGAGUGUCUACAAUUAUUACUAAGUGCUGGUGCUCAAGUAAAUGUAACCGAUGGUAACGAUAAAACACCACUAAUGUUGGCAUCAGAAAAUGGAUCUGCUGGAGCUGUUGAAGUGCUUGUGAACAGUGCUGCUGCCGAUAUCAGUAGGGUAGAUGUAGAUCAAAACACAGCCCUUCACUUUGCUUGUGCUCAGAGCCAUACCACAUGUGCGCUGUUGUUACUUGAAAAGAUAGAUCAGGCAUCAUUAUUAAACUUACCAAAUAACAAAGGUGAAAGCCCUCUGCAUAUAUCAGCACGUAAUGGUUUGGUAUCAGUAGUACAGGAACUUAUAUCAAAGGGUGCUAGUGUCUUAGCAGUAGAUGAAAGGGGUUAUACUCCUGCGUUGAGUUGUGCCUCGAAUUCUCAGGUAGCUGACUGUCUAGCAUUGAUUCUAGCCAACAUGAUGCCGUUUACGCCAAAUAGUGGAAAUAACUCUCGAAUUACGCUUGCUAUGACCGGGGAGUUGGCAAGGUCACCAUCAGUAGAAGAACCAGCAUCAACACCGACUAGCUAUGCUGAUUCCGAUUCUGAAACCUAUUAGUAAUCCAUUGUUUUUCAGUUGUCAUGGUUAUCCUGGAUUCUGCUUCUAAAUUGUCCCUUUUAGGUGUUUGUUAUUAAAGUAAACCUGCUGCUCGAUUAAAGCAAUAUUCACAUGGCAGUGGUAACGUUUUGGAGAAAAAAUUGUAUAUAUUAGUAUUGAAAUGAAUAUAUUAAAUUGUAAAUACAUUUAGUUAUUCAAUAUUAUUAAUAACCCUGUUGAAUGAACCAUGAAGUAAUAGAAAGAGGGUGUUUGUCUGCAUACCAUCACACUUUACAUUUAUUGUCAACUAUUGGCCAUAUGGCAUAAUGUCAGCUACUCCCUUUGUGUCUCUUUGUUUGCAGUAUUCCGUUUUAUUCAACAUAUACUUUUCAAUUUAGUGGGACAUUGAAUUCGCAUCAGUAUUACAGGCUCGGGAAUUUGUUAGACAAAAUAUGGUUAUGGUAGAUUAUUUUCUUUUUGCAAUCCAUACACACCAGUAAUGUUACGCCGGAAUAAAUUGCAGGUAAUUGUGACUUUGAGUUAUUCCAUAGCUCAGUCUGGGAAUAAUCAUGACAAUCUUAGUGUCUAUGUAUAUUAACCCACCUAAUAUGCAAUGUGCGUGUCUUCUGAAAUGGUCUUAUAUAUCUAUAUUACAGUACUCGGUAUGAAUGGCAACAUUAUGUGUUAUACCUCCCUGUGACUUGGCAGGAAAUUAUUUCAAAUUUGAAAAACGAAACAAAAAACUUAAGGUUUUUUUAAAUAUUCAAUACAUGUGGAACAGUUAAUGUGGACUGAUACAAGUAGUCCUGUGGCAUCAGUUUUUCUCAUUUAAGAUUUAUUUUUGUUUGCAGUUAUUUUUAUUAUCUACUCAACUAAUAAUAUCCACAAUUAUAUGGCAUGGUUAUCUACAGAACGCAUUCCAUCAUAUAGUUAUUCCACAACACCGGAUUAUCUACUGUGUCCCAAUGUUUUCAUCCAAGCCAUCAGCAUAUUGAUGGCUUAACUGUCUCUGGUAUCAUUGAAUCAUCUACACUAUCCUCCAAGCCAUCAGCAACUUAUUGUGAUGCAACCAUUGACACACAGUAUUCAUGUUUGUAUGUAUAAUUUGAUACAUUUGACACAUCUGCUCUGAUAAGCCAUCAACAAUUGUAACCUAUUAUUUGUAUUCAAGAGAUGUUAUUGCAUUCCUUCAGUACUUUGAUAUUUUUGUUUUAAUCGCGAUAUCCUUAUGUUAAAUGUGUUUACUUGUCGUUUUCUUUUAACUAAUGUAUGAUAUACCAGUCCAAAUGAUUCAGUUUUCUGAACUCAUACAAGUGAUGAUCAGUUACAAUUUUAAUAUCAGCUUUACAAGAUGAAUGAUCACAACAAAGUAAUAAUGCAUAUUUGUAAUGACUUUAAUAUGUUG